AUGGCCACCACCAACGAUCUCCCAGCUCUUGACGUGAACAGCUACGACUAUAUUGUCGUUGGUGGCGGUACCGCAGGCUGUGUUAUCGCGGCGCGCCUCGCUCAGUAUCUUCCCAACAAGCGCGUGCUCGUCAUCGAAGGUGGUCCCAGCGACUUCCACGAUGACCGGGUCCUCAACCUGAAGGAAUGGCUCAACCUGCUCGGCGGCGAGCUGGACUACGACUACCCCACCACCGAACAGCCCAUGGGUAACAGCUUCAUCCGCCACUCCCGCGCGAAGGUCCUGGGUGGCUGCUCUAGCCACAAUACCCUGAUCUCCUUCCGUCCCUUCGAGUAUGACUGCCGGAACUGGGUGGCCAAGGGCUGCAAGGGUUGGGACUUUGAGACCUUCACCCGCAUGAUCGACGGUCUGCGCAACACCAUCCAGCCGGUGCACGCCCGUCACCGCAACCAGCUGUGCAAGGACUGGGUCCAGGCCUGCUCCUCCGCCAUGAACAUCCCCGUUAUUGAGAACUUCAAUGACGACAUCCGCAACAAGGGUGAGCUGACUGAGGGCGUCGGCUUCUUUAACGUCUCCUACAACCCUGAUGACGGCCGCCGCAGCAGUGCCAGUGUCGCCUAUAUCCACCCCAUUCUGCGCGGUGAAGAGAAGCGUCCCAAUCUGACGAUUCUCACCAACGCCUGGGUUUCCAAGGUGAACAUCGAGGGUGACGCAGUCACCGGUGUCAACGUGACCCUCCAGUCCGGCCUCAAGCACACCCUGCGUGCCAAGAAGGAGACCAUCCUCUGUGCCGGUGCAGUCGACACUCCCCGUCUGAUGAUGCUGUCGGGUCUGGGUCCUCGCGAGCAACUUUCGGCUCUGGGCAUUCCGGUUGUGAAGGACAUCCCCGGCGUGGGCGAGAACCUAAUCGACCACCCGGAGAGUAUCAUUAUGUGGGAGCUGAACCGUCCUGUGCCCCCAAACCAGACCACCAUGGACUCCGAUGCCGGUAUCUUCUUCCGUCGCGAGCCCAAGGAUGCCGCUGGCUUCGACGGCCGGGCCGCCGACGUGAUGAUGCAUUGCUACCAGAUUCCCUUCACCCUCAACACCACUCGUCUCGGCUACGACGAGCCCGUCAACGCCUUCUGCAUGACUCCCAACAUCCCCCGCCCCCGCUCCCGCGGUCGUCUUUACCUCACCUCCGCCGACCCGUCUGUGAAGCCCGCGCUGGACUUCCGCUACUUCACCGACCCCGAGGGUUACGAUGCUGCCACCAUCGUGUCAGGUCUCAAGGCGGCCCGUGAGAUUGCCCAGCAGUCGCCGUUCAAGGAGUGGAUCAAGCGCGAGGUGGCUCCUGGCCCCAGCGUCCAGUCAGACGAGGCUCUUUCCGAGUACGGCCGCCGCGUGGCGCACACCGUGUAUCACCCGGCCGGUACCACCAAGAUGGGUGAUGUGACUCGCGACCCCAUGGCCGUUGUGGAUCCGACGCUGAAGAUUCGCGGCCUGAAGAACGUUCGUAUCGCGGAUGCCGGUGUGUUCCCUGACAUGCCUAGUAUCAACCCCAUGCUCACGGUCCUGGCCAUUGGCGAGCGCGCCGCCGAGCUCAUCGCCGAGGAGGCUGGCUGGACCCGCUCGCAGCCCCGCCUGUAA